AAUUAGCACUAAAACCAGUGUGAGAAACUCUGUGUGUGUGUGUGUGUGUGUGUGUGGUGGAAAAUGUGCUUUUCAAAGUGCAGAGAGGUUCAUGGGAAUGUUUGAUUAGCUCCUCUCAGAAGAAGAGAAAAGGUGGUUGGACCUCUUCUUGUUUUGUCUUUGGAAUAAUUUGGAUGGAAUUUGUGAUACAGAAAAGCUUAAGGAAAAAAGGAUAUCCAUUCUGUAUGGUGGAAUUUUUUUGAAAAAAAAAAAAAACAAUUUCUUUUUGCUUUCUUCAAAAAGGGUGCUGUUCAGAUAUUUAUGGGGAUUGUUGUUCUCACUAUGAAGGCAUCUGUUAUUGAAAUGUUCCUUGUUUUUCUGGUGGCUGGAAUACAUUCAAAUAAAGAAAUGACAAAGAAGAUUAAGAGGCCCAAGUUCACUGUGCCUCCAAUCAACUGUGAUGUCAAAGCUGGAAAGAUUAUUGAUCCUGUGUUCAUGGUGAAAUGUCCAGCAGGAUGCCAAGACCCCAAAUAUCACGUAUAUGGCACUGAUGUAUAUGCAUCUUACUCCAGCGUGUGUGGUGCUGCGGUCCACAGCGGUGUGCUUGAUAAUUCAGGAGGGAAAAUACUUGUUCGAAAAGUUGCUGGACAGUCUGUUUAUAAAGGGAGUUAUUCCAAUGGUGUCCAAUCGUUAUCCCUACCACGAUGGAAAGAGUCCUUUGUCAUCUCAGAAGGUAAAUUCAAAAAGGGUGCAACCUACCCAUCAGCUCUUACAUAUUCUUCGUCUAAAAGCCCAGCUGACAAAACAGGUGAGACAACAAAAGACUAUCAGAAACCAUCAAUUCCAGAUACAACAACACAGCCAGUCAUUCUGACGCAGGUACCAACUACCACUGCAGCCGAGGUCACCCACACCACCUUGUCAAAGCCAUCCCCAUCUGCAGCCUCUACCACAAGCAGCUCCAGACCACAGCCCCUGGGCCACAGGAGCUGGGAGCCAGAUCUCUGGUCUACAACCACCUACAGAAGCAGCCAAAACAUCCCACAUGCCAACCCAGGUGUCCAGAGGCAAGAGUCCUGUGUGUUCCAGAAACCUGCUGGAGCAGAUGCCAGCCUGGGAUUUGUUCCAAAAGAAGAAUUAAGCACACAGUCUCUGGAGCCAAUAUCCCAGGGAGAGCCAAGCUGCAAAAUUGACUUGUCAUUUGUAAUUGAUGGGAGCUCGAGCGUUGGCAAACGUCGAUUCCAAAUCCAGAAGCAGUUCCUGGCUGAUGUUGCCCAAGCUCUUGACAUUGGCCCUGCUGGUCCACUGAUGGGUGUUGUUCAGUACGGAGAUAACCCCGCUAUCCAAUUUAACCUCAAGACUCAUAUGAAUUCCAGAGACGUGAAAGCAGCUAUAGAGAAAAUUACCCUGAGAGGAGGGCUUUCUAAUGUAGGUCGGGCUAUCUCCUUUGUGAGCAAGAACUUCUUUUCAAAAGCCAAUGGGAACCGACAUGGUGCUCCCAACGUGGCCGUGGUAAUUGUGGACGGCUGGCCCACAGACAAGGUGGAGGAGGCUUCAAGACUUGCAAGAGAGUCAGGAAUCAACAUUUUCUUCAUUACCAUUGAAGGUGCUGUUGAAAAUGAGAAGCAGUAUGUGGUAGAGCCCAACUUUGCAAACAAGGCUGUGUGCAGAACAAACAGCUUUUACUCCCUCAAAGUGCAGAGCUGGUUCAGCCUACACAAAACCAUGAAGCCUCUGGUGAAGCGGAUCUGUGACUCGGACCGCCUGGCCUGUAGCAAGACCUGCUUCAACUCCGCUGACAUCGGCUUUGUCAUCGACGGCUCCAGCAGCGUCGGCACUAGCAACUUCCGCACAGUCCUGCAGUUCGUGGCCAACCUAAGCAAACACUUUGAGAUUUCCGACACAGACACGAGAAUCGGGGCUGUGCAGUACACCUAUGAGCAGCGGCUGGAGUUUGGGUUGGACCAGUACAACAGCAAGCCGGACAUCCUGAACGCAAUCAAGAGGGUGGGGUACUGGAGCGGUGGGACCAGCACGGGGGCGGCCAUCAACUUCGCCUUGGAGCAGCUCUUCAGCAAGUCCAAGCCCAAUAAACGGAAGCUAAUGAUCCUCAUCACCGAUGGGCGGUCCUACGAUAAUGUCCGAAUACCAGCCAUGGCUGCCCAUCAGAAAGGAUUGAUCACCUACGCUGUAGGUAUCGUAUGGGCUGCACAGGACGAGCUGGAUAUCAUCGCCACCCACCCUGCCAAGGACCAUUCCUUCUUCGUGGAUGAGUUUGACAACCUCUACAAAAUCGUCCCCAGGAUCAUCCGGAACAUUUGUACAGAGUUCAACUCCCAACCGCGAAACUGA